AUGGUCGGGAUCCCCUACUCGGGUUCAUCGAUCUGCGGGGGUCUGGGGCGGUGCCCGGAGGAGCUUUGCCGCCGCUGGCACCAGCUCGGGGCCUUUUUCCCCCUGGCGCGGAACCACAACGAGGAGCCCGGAACGGCGCAGGACCCGGCGGCGUUCGGUGCCCGCUCGGCGCUGCUGAACUCGACGCGGGCACAGCUGGGCACGCGCUACCGCCUGCUGCCGCACCUCUACACGCUGCUGUACCGGGCACACAGCGACGGGCACAGCGUGGCACGGGCACUGCCCGUCGAGUUCUACGCCGAGGAGGCGGCGUGGGACGUGGAGGCGCAGUUCCUGUGGGGGGCGGCGCUGCUGAUCACGCCCGUGCUGGAACCCGGCGUGGACGUGAUCCGGGCCUACAUCCCCGACGCCGUCUGGUACGAGUUCCACUCGGGUUCCCGUCUGUGGCUCCGGGCUCAGUGGACGCUGCUGCCCCUGCCCGGGCAGCGCCUGGGGCUGCACCUGCGCGGAGGGAACGUCCUGCCCGAGCAGGAGCCCGGCCCCACCACGGCCACCAGCCGCAGGAACCCGCUGGGGCUGAUCGUGGCGCUGGACGAGAACCAGGAGGCCUCGGGGGAGCUCUUCUGGGACGACGGGGAAUCCGCGGACACCGUUGAGAGCAAAUCCUACAUUUUCUACGAAUUCCGAUUUUCCAACAACGUUCUGGAACUUUCCGUCACUCACAACAAUUACUCCGACCCCCACGGGUUGGAGUUCCAGCGGCUGCGGGUGCUGGGGCUGCCGCGAGCACCAAUCAGCUUCGACGUUACUACCGAGGGCGCCGAGGUCUCGUCCAAUCACAGCCUGAGCUACGACGCCGGCACCGAGGUGGCCGAGGUCUGGGGGCUGCGGCUGCGGCUGGGCCGGUCCCACGCCCUGCGCUGGACGCUGGGCACGCGCGAGAGCGACAGAUUCGACUGCCACCCCUGGGACGGGGCCAGCCCCGAGAGCUGCGCCCGUCUCGGCUGCAUCUGGAACGAAACCACGUCGGCGGAGCGCGUCCCCUUCUGUCACCACGCCGGCCUCGAGAGCGGCUACGGCGCCUCCAACAUCCGCUACGGCGACAGCGGCGUCACCGCUGACGUCAUCCUGGGACGCCCCGCCCACCGCGGGACAGGCCACGCCCACCAGGGUCACAGCCCCGCCCACCAGAGCCAGAGCUCCGCCCACAGCAGCACAAGGGACACCGAUGAAAGCACAGGACCCAUGGACCAGGAUGACACAGGCUCCGCCCACCGCGGGACAGGCCACGCCCACCAGAGACAAAGCUCCGCCCACAGCAGCGCAAGCGACACCGAUGAAAGCACAGGACCCAUUGACAACACAGGCCACGCCCACCAGAGCCAAAGCUCCGCCCACAGCAGCGCAAGCGACACCUAUGAAAGCACAGGACCCAUGGUACAUGAUGACACAGGCUCCGCCUACCAGAGCCAAAGCUCCGCCCACCGCAGCACAAUAGACACCAAUGGUAGCACAGGCUCCGCCCACCGCAGCGCAAUUGACUCCAAUGGCAGCACAGGCUCCGCCCAUCAGAGCCAAAGCUCCGCCCACCGCAGCACAAUUGACUCCAAUGGCAGCACAGGCUCCGCCCACCAGGGACAAAGCCCCACCCACCAGAGCCAAAGCUCCGCCCACCACAGCGCAAUUGACACCAAUGGCAGCACAGGCUCCGCCCACCGCAGCGCAAUUGACUCCAAUGGCAGCACAGGCUCCGCCCACCAGAGCCAAAGCUCCGCCCACCAAAGCCAAAGCUCCGCCCACCAAAGCCAAAGCUCCGCCCACCGCAGCACAAUUGACACCAAUGGCAGCACAGGCUCCGCCCACCAGAGCCAAAGCUCUGCCCACCAGAGCCAAAGCUCCGCCCAUCAGAGCCAAAGCUCCGCCCACAGCAGCACAAUUGACUCCAAUGGCAGCACAGGCUCCGCCCACCAGAGCCAAAGCUCCGCCCACCAAAGCCAAAGCUCCGCCCACCAAAGCCAAAGCUCCGCCCACCGCAGCACAAUUGACACCAAUGGCAGCACAGGCUCCGCCCACCAGAGCCAAAGCUCUGCCCACCAGAGCCAAAGCUCCGCCCAUCAGAGCCAAAGCUCCGCCCACAGCAGCACAAUUGACACCAAUGGCAGCACAGGCUCCGCCCACCUAAGCCAAAGCUCCGCCCACCGCAGCACAAUUGACACCAAUGGCAGCACAGGCCCCGCCCACCAGAGCCAAAGCUCCGCCCAUCAGAGCCGAAGCUCCGCCCACCGCAGCACAAUUGACUCCAAUGGCAGCACAGGCUCCGCCCACCAGAGCCAAAGCUCCGCCCACCCCCGGGGCAUGCAGCCAAUCGAGCGGCUGCGGCUGGAGGUCACCUACCACACCGAUCACCUGCUGCAGUUCAAGAUUUUUGACCCCUCCGUUGGCCGUUUCGAGGUGCCGGUGCCGCUGUUCCUGCCGGCCACGCCCACGGCCACGCCCCGCAGCCGCCUCUACGACGUCGAGGUCUCUGAUUGGCCCUUCGGGAUCCGCGUGCGGCGCCGCAGCUCCGGCGCCGUCAUCUGGGACUCGCAGCUGCCGACGUUCGCCUUCUCGGAUCAGUUCCUGCAGAUCUCCACGCGCCUCCCGGCCCCGUUCGUUUACGGCUUCGGCGAGAGCGAGCGCGGAACGUUCCGGCACGACCUCGGCUGGCACAGCUGGGGGAUGUUCGCCCGCGACCAGCCGCCCGGCCACAAGCUGAACUCGUACGGCGUGCAGCCCUUCCACCUGGGGCUGGAGGAGGACGGCCGCGCGCACGGCGUGCUGCUGCUCAACAGCAACGCCAUGGACGUGACGCUGCAGCCGACGCCGGCGCUCACCUAUCGCAGCACCGGCGGCGUCCUCGACUUCUACCUCCUGAUGGGACCCGGCCCCGAGGACGUCGUGCGCGAGUACACCGCGCUGAUUGGCCGCCCGGUUCUGCCGCCCUAUUGGGCGCUGGGGUUCCAACUUUGCCGUUACGGCUACAAAAACGACGCCGAAAUCGCGCAACUGGUGCGGGAGAUGAGCCAGGAACGGAUCCCCCUGGACGUGCAGUACGCCGACAUCGAUUACAUGGAGCGCCAGCUCGACUUCACCCUCAGCCCGCGCUUCCGGAACCUUCCGCAGCUCGUGCGCGACAUCCGGGCCCAGGGAAUGCGCUUCGUGCUCAUCCUGGACCCGGCGAUCUCGGCCAACGAGACGAAUUACCCGGCCUUCGAGCGGGGGCUGCAGCGCGACGUCUUCAUCAAGUGGCCCAACAGCGACGACAUCGUCUUCGCCAAGGUGUGGCCGGACCUGCCCAACGUUGUUGUCAAUGAUUCCCUGGACUGGGACACCCAAGUGGAGCUGUACCGCGCCUUCGCGGCCGUGCCGGAUUUUUUCCGGAACUCCACGCGGGAUUGGUGGGCGCAGGAAAUCGCCGAAGUUUUCCACAACCCCCGCAAUUCCUCGCUCAGCAUCAAAUUCGACGGCAUCUGGAUCGACAUGAACGAGCCGUCGAGUUUCGUGCACGGCGCCGUCGGCGGCUGCCGCGACCGCGACCUCAACUUCCCGCCCUACGUCCCCCAGCUGGCGUCGCGCUGGGAGGGGCUGAGCUCCAAGACGCUCUGCAUGGAGGGCGAGCAGCGGCUGCCGGACGGGACCCCCGUCAGACACUACGACGUGCACAGCCUGUACGGGUGGGCGCAGACCGAGCCCACGCUCAGGGCGGUGCAGAAUCUGACGGGCGAGCGCGGGCUGGUGGUGACGCGCUCGACGUUCCCGGGCAGCGGCCGCUGGGCCGGGCACUGGCUGGGCGACAACACGGCGGCCUGGGACCAGAUGGGCAAAUCCAUCGUGGGAAUGUUGGACUUCAGCCUCUUCGGGGUCUCCACCGGGUGUUGUUGGCCGGGAGCUGCUGGGGGACGACGAGACCCCCCCGGAUGUGGAGCGGGUGUUGUUGGCCGGGAGCUGCUGGGGGACGACGAGACCCCCCCGGAUGUGGAGGUUGAUGUCAUUGGAGGAUUAUUGGGCCAUUAUUAG